GUCCCCACAUUUUCCUUUCAAUUAUUGCAGUUGAAAAUUACCCGAAAACUACAUCUCCCAUCCAAUUGCCUCUUCCCCAAUUUUGUGGUCUUUUUACCAUUGUUUUCCUUUUUGUUUCCUCCUUAUCAUGGAGAACUCACCAACCAUUAUCAGGCCAACACCGCCACCGCCGCCGUUUCCCCAGCCUGAAAACACGACUAACAUUACUAUCAUCAGCUCACCUCCGCCACUACCUCUCUUCUCUUCACCACCCCAAACUUUUACUAUAGUGAACAUCUAUCAGCCUCCUCCUUUCCCUGAUUCACCAAGAAGCGUUGAUUUAUCUCCACUCGAAUUCAUCCUCGCCCUUUUGGCUGUCACAACUAUCGUCGCUUUGAUCUACUCUUUCUUUUUCUCUGUCAAAUGCCCCCCUUGGUCUUCCCGGGACCGUCACGAUGAACCUCGAGAGCUUCCUACUGACAACCAUGGAGGUAGUAGUAGUAUCGUUGAAGUAACCGAGACGAGGAGGGAGCCGGUUUCGGGUCUCAAGUAUCGAAAAGAGACCCAUUCUAAAGAGAUUGGGAACGAGUGUCCCGUUUGUUUAUCGGUGUUCGCCGACGACGAAGAAAUAAAGCAAUUGAGUGAAUGCAAGCACUCGUUCCAUACUACUUGCAUUGAUUUGUGGCUUAACAAUCACGAUAAUUGUCCGAUCUGCCGGGCUCCCGUUGCUGUUAAGCGUCCUGUCGGUAACAACCGUACGCCGCCGUCUGGUCCGGCCAGAGGUAGUGAUCACCAUCAAGGUUUACCCGAUGCAUCGACGCUGGUUUAAUUUCUUCCUUAAAUUUUGCUCAAACUCCAAUAAUCGGUAGCAUAAAACUACAGAAUCCUGCUAGUAUAGAGAAUUCAACCUUUAAAUUUCACUUAUAUUUUUGUGUGAUUCUGCUAUAUGAGAACUGAAAGAUGGGUCGGAAAUGGAAGUAACAGAUCCCCACGUUUUCUCUACAA